GCAGUCACAGUCAAGAAGCGGUCGACCCACCAUCAUCCAUCAGCUAUUGUUGGGUCAAGAGAUUCCGAGCACACUUGCUUGCGGCAGCUAUUCGUCUAUUAGCGUGCGCGAUGCGAUGCUGCGCUGAAUGGACGACGAUCAAACAACUCACUCCUUAACCCACCUCGGAACGUCAUCAUCGUCUGCGUCGUCGUCGUCGUCGCCGUCUCGAUCGUUUCAAUCGUCAUUUCUAUCACUGUGUAGUGUGGUGGAGCGAAAACAAAAUAAAAAACUCAAUCCGUCAAUCUAUCGCGCGCGCGUCCGGAUCGGGGUAUAGAACCCAUGCCUUCGAUCGCCGCACAAUUUCAGUUGCUCUCGGCCAACCGGCGACUAACAACGCUUUUCUGAUCAGAUCUCCGGUGUGAGAAGAAAAGAAGGUGCUGUGCUUUAAUUGCUGCGACGGGUGCCUGAAGCUGAUACAGUUUUUGGUGGUGCUAGAGAUACCGAAAGUUCAACUAGUGGAUUUGGACAAAGUGCCAAUCGAAGCUGGGGGGUUUGUAGCUGCAUUUGUUGAAAUCUUUUGUGGCUCUACCUAGGUGUUUGCAAGCAUGUUCGAUCCCGUGGCGAACGUGACCAUCGGACUGCCCGAUAGUAUCAAUUCCAGUUCGUAUUUCCAGAAUAAAUGGGAUGCCUUUCUGGAUGUUGUUGGCGAUGAUCCGGAUUUUCUAUAUUUUUGGUGUUUAACGAUAUGGACCUACGGCCUGUUCUGGGGAAUCGGUGGCCUGUUCGUAUUCAUGGACCUCACAAACAAGCCAAAAUUCAUGCGAAAGUACAAAAACCAGCCCGGAACACACGAACCCCUGGAAUGGAAUAAAUUGAAACCCCUGCUAAAAACCGUCAUCAUCAACCAGCUGGUGUUUGGAAUCCCAACGUCGUAUCUUUCAUAUCACGGCCGGAAAUGGAUUACGGAUGAUCUGCCUGCGGUUCGGCCGCUGCCUUCGCUGGAGACCAUCAUCCGAGACAUGCUGGUGUGCAUCGUCACGUGGGAAGUCACAUUCUACUACAGCCACCGGUUGCUGCACGCCAACUUCUGGUACAAGUACAUCCACAAGAAGCACCACGAGUGGCCGGCGCCGAUCGCCUGGGCCGCCAUGUAUGCCCAUCCGUUCGAGUUCGUCAUCAGCGAUCUGCUGCCGGUGUACGCCGGACCGGCACUGAUGGCCAGCCAUCCGGUGACGAUCGCCAUCUGGUUCGUGUUCGUCAUGAUGGACACCCUGGUGGACCACUCCGGGUACCACUUGCCGGUGCUGGGAAGUUCCGAGCAGCACGAUUACCAUCACUUGAAAUUCAACCAGUGCUACGGACUCUUCGGUUGGUGGGACACUCUACACGGCACGAACGAAGAAUUCCGCAAGAAGAAACAGUACCUGCGAAAUAAGAGAAUAUUCUCUCUGAAAUCAGCUCGCGAGCUAAUUCCAGACGAGUAGACCGGCGGAGGAUCACGCUGAGCAAUGCCAGAGCACGAGGAUAGAAGGGGUUCCUGAAAGCAGGACGCACCCCAGGAGAGAAGAACAAUGGAGAACUAUUGAUACAGUACCUACCUUUAACCAAUUGACACACAGUGGUCACACUCUAUCGGUGGAGUUGAUGCUCAAAUAGCUACUAGUGCUACAGUUACUUUUUGGAUUAAGCUUUGAAUGUUGGAGACUGCUGCUGAUGGUGUAACAGAGCUUAUGUGGAGCCAAGAAAGCAAAAUGAUGAAAAUGUUUACGUGCAAGUGGUAUGGAAUAUCACUUGCUUGAAAAUGUGUUAAGUAGUUAAAACAAAAGAACUAGUCUUGUAAGCUUGUAUGGUAAGAUCUCCUCAGGUCUGAUGGGACACAUUUCCUCUAAAUGUUAGAUGAAUGCUGUGCAGAAAUAAAGACUCAUUAAGUUUCA